AUGACCUUAAUUGGUUGGGGUAGUCUGGUCCUCCAGAAACCACAAAAUAAGUUUCGGAAUUGGAUUAAUGGACAAAGACCGGAACUGGAAAAUGGAAUAAAAAUUGGUACAUGGAAUGUUAGGACCUUAAACAAACCUGGAGCGUUACAGUAUUUACUGGACGCUAUUAAAAAAUAUAAUACGAACAUAUUAGCUCUACAAGAAAUUAGAUGGCCAAAUGACGGAAAUAUGAAAAAAGAUGAUAAAACCAAAUUCUAUAGCGGAAGAAAGGAUGGAAGAUAUGAAAAUGGUGUGGGUUUUGUAGUAAGCGAUGAUACGCUAUCAAAAGUAGAAGAAUUCAUGGCAGUAAAUGACCGAAUAUGCUAUAUCCGACUCACAAGUCACAUUUUUGAUAGCAUUAUCGUAAACGCUUAUGCACCAACUGAAGAGAAAGAGGAAAAUAUUAAGAAUGAGUUUUAUGAUGAACUAGGACACAUACUUGACACAACACCAAAUAGCUGUAUAAAAAUAUUAAUAUGUGAUUUUAACGCAAAAAUAGAAAGGGAAGAUGUAUAUAGACCAACGAUUGGACCGAAUAGCUUACAUGACGUAAGUAACGAUAAUGGAACCAGAUUGAUCAACUUAUGUAUAACGAACGGUUUUACCCUUAGUAGUACAUACUUUCCAAGGAAAGAUAUAUACAAACAAACUUGGAUAGCACUUAAUAGAAUAACUAAAAACCAAAUUGAUCAUGUUAUGAUACAAAAUAAGCAUAAAGGUUGCAUAAAAAGUGUCAGGAGCUAUAGAGGUACAGACGCCGACUCGGAUCAUUACCUGGUAAUUACAAAACUUAAAAUUAGAUUAUCUGAAAGAUGGAAAAAGGUAAAAUAUAUAAAAUCCGUAAAAUACGAUAUAGAAAAACUGUCAGAAAAGAAGGUUUUAGAGGAAUACAUAUAUAAAACUCAACAAGAAUUACAAAAAUCCAACAGUAAUGCAGAUGAAGAUGGAGAACGGAUAUGGGGAAGAAUCAAGACGGCGGUUAGUAUCAAUAGUAGCGGUCAAUAG